AUAUGGCUCGUGGACAGCAGAAGAUUCAGUCGCAGCAGAAAAAUGCCAAAAAGCAAGCUGAGCAAAAAAAGAAGCAAGGGCAUGAUCAGAAGGCUGCAGCCAAGGCUGCCUUGAUAUAUACCUGCACUGUCUGUAGGACACAAAUGCCGGAUCCCAAGACCUUCAAACAGCACUUUGAAAGCAAACAUCCUAAGACUCCACUUCCUCCAGAACUGGCUGAUGUUCAGGCAUAAAGAUAUCUACAGGUCAUUACUUUUAUCAGAUAAUCAUUUAAAAAUUAAGGUGAAAUCAUGGCACCUAUUGACUCUUCUACUGUCAGACCUUACAUAACAAACCUGCAGCUGCUUUUCUAAAACUGUUGAUCAGCAAAAAUGAAGGGGCUACAGAAACAUUCAUAUUUUUAUGCUGUUCCCUCUUGGGCUUCAUGCAAAGACAAUUGUGGAAAUGUACAGUUGUGCCCUCUUUGGAAAUCCUGAAAAAUCAGUCCAUACUUGUUAUAAAAACAAAAAUUUUUUACAAUUGUAAUUAUAUUGAUGUUCAUAUUGUGUAAAAUAACUCAUUUAAUAAAGUAGUACUUUGAUUUUACAAUAUCACAGAUUAAAUGCUUGUAGAAGUUCUGUUUUAACUUUCUGCAUUAUCUGCCUUAUAAAACAAUAAAAGACAAAGUGGAAUCUUCCCCAUCCUGCUAAAACACGAGCAGUAUCAUUCCACUGAAAGUAAUGUACAUUACAGUAAAUUAAUUUUAACGUGAGAGGGAAGCUGCUCAGAUUGACGGUUCGGUUUGGUGCCUGCUUGGGCUCAGUCACUAAUGUUCAAGUUACUGACUCAAGAGGCACAGCAAGCUCCCGAGAGGCUGCAAUAGUAUUGUGAGACUUUGUUCUACGGUUUUGUCCUGUGUAUUGGAGUCUAUUUCUACAAGCCAUUUCAAAAUGGGAUUCCUGUACUGUGAGGGCUUGAGCUAGUUCCUUGGAGUCUUGCACUGGAGAGACUCUGGUGAUCCUUAAUAGUUGGUAGUUGGCUGAGGAAGCUGGGAGGUGGUAAAGUUUAAUGCUUUUCCGUAUGCUGGCUUAAAAGAUGCUCGCAAAUAUUAGUUUAAAAACAAUUCUACUCUUAGUUGAAAAUUUAAUUUGAGAAGAUUUCUGAAGUUACUCGAGCAGUCAGCCACAAGUGUUCACUCUCAAAUGCAUCUGGUUAUUUUAGUAGAGGCUCUUGAAGAAAUACGCAAAAUAGCCAGCCAUUAAUAACCUUUCCUUGCAACGAGCCUAAAAUAAGCCUGUUAGAAAAGAGCCAAAAUAACUGAAAUGAUAUGACUAUCUUAAGAAAUUGCAUGUGAUUAAAGUUGCAUUGACAAGAAAAAGCUGGAUAAUAACUCUCCGGCCAAGAGCAUUUGAGAAGCUAAACAUAAUUAGCCUUUAAGUGUUCUGGGCUCAGUUCUAAUCCCAGAUGUACGGUGCAGAAGUAGUGGAAAAACAUCUGAUUUGUUCUGGAGGAUCUGCUAUACAAAAAAACAACCUAUCUUUGGCAUUUGGAGGGGCUUAUUCAAGAGCUUUCAUUUAGAACUCACAGUAAGAAGCACCACUAGAAUUGCUGUGAUUUAUUGCGGUUACAAGAGACGUAAGAAUUCUGGCAGUCCAAGUAACCCUUACUACACAGCAGGAC